CGUAUUACUUCGGUUCUAUAGUAUUUGAUACUACAAUGCUAUGAAGAUUCCAUGCAUUCUACUAUAAUUCAAUUUAAGUUAAAUCGACUAUUUAAAAAUGGAAGCGCCCAUCACUACACUGACUGACACUCACUCCUCUGAGACUGACAGUGACAUUAUGCGUCUUGGGUGGUUGUGGUUCCUUGGUUUUGUUGGUGUCUCUAAUCCGAAUUUCCUCAAUCUCAAGACUUUAUUUUUAUAAAUUUAAUUUGUUCCGACUUGGAAAUGAAAUGGAGGGUUCAGAUUCUACAGGUAAUAAUCGUCAUUAACUAUUUCAUUUCUAUGUAGUAUAAUCACUAAUUUUUAGGAGCAACUUUUUAUGUUUUGGAUUUGUCAUGUUUGUAAUUUGUGUGGGCGAAACUUGUUCACAGUGCGAUUUAUCCUUUGUCUUUUGGUUCCUUGCUUCUAAUUUGAACUAUAAUAAAUUGUAUCAUAUUGUUAAAAUACGUAUAUACCCAUUUGCUAUUUUUUUUUUAUUGUGUGACCAUAAAAUUUAAUCCAAUUGGAUUGGGAUUAGACCUUCACUAUCUAUGUGAGAGAAAAAGAAUUUGUUUACUUCCGUAUUUUAGCAGUCGUGAACAUAAUUUCACAACAACUAUACCAGUAAUUAAAUAUACCAGAGUGCUUUAGCUGCGCAGGAUGCAUGAACAAUAUCAGAGAUGAUGACUAUGUGUGUGCACUUAACCAAAACUGGCAUAAAGACUGUUUCAGGUGCUCCGUUUGUGAUGUGGGUCUCACAUCCUGGUAUUUUGAGAAGGAGGGUCUGCUUUUCUGUCGGAAUGAUUACUGGGCUCGAUUUGGUGAGAGCUGUCACCAAUGUGCACAGGUGAUAACUGGGCCGGUGAUGGCGGCGGGCUCGCACCGCUUCCACCCGGAGUGCUUCACGUGCUGCGCGUGCCGCGCCCACAUCGAGGACGGCCAGCCCUACGCGCUGCACGAGCGGUCCAGGCUCUACUGCGAGGGGUGCUACGAGCGUAGCUUAUGGAGUCUAUCGCACGCCAUCCGAUUGGUGGACGUACCGGGUGGUGCACUACGUCUUGCGCCGGACGGGAAUGCGCUACGAGUCACACAGAUCGAAUCGUCUUGUGGCGCUCUAGGGCUCCGCGUAGGAGACCGGGUGCUGGAAAUAAACGGUGCUUCAGCGAAGGGGCUCAGCGCUGCAGACGUCGACCGGCUGUUGGCGAGGCCCUCGCCAAUCAUACAGUUAACCAUAGAGCACAGCUCAGAUACAACAAACAACAACAACAACAUAGACAAACCUCCCGCACCCUCUGAUAUAGAAGAGAAGCCAAAACAUGACACUAAGUCUGUGUCACCGGUAGAACGGAAGAUACAGGCAGAAGACAGGAAGGUGGAACAGGAUAUAGGAGAGGAUGUAGGGGUAGGGGGAGGGAAGAAAGAGAGAUUGUUCAAAAGGAGAGGGGAGGAGGGGGGCAAAGCGAGGUGUUUGAAGAGAAGACAAGCACCUGCUUCUCCUCUACUAGGAGAUAAGGAGAGAAGCAGCAGUAUGUCCAAGUUGCUGGAUGUCGUGGAAGGCGGUAUAAGCAGCGAGCGAGGCGGCGUGGCGAGCGGUCUGAGCCGCGCGCGAUCCUUCAGGGCUCAUCCCCAGCCCCCGCACACUGUGUUCCGGGCCGCUGACUUACUGCAGGGUGAACUUUUGGGUGCUGGUUUCUUCGGCCAAGUGUUCAAGGUGACCCACCGUGAAACCAACGAGGUGAUGGUCGUCAAGCAAUUGUACAGGGUCGACGAAGAGGCGCAGAAGAACUUCCUCAAGGAGGUGGCCGUACUCCGCUCUUUGAAUCACCCCAAUGUGCUUCGCUUCAUCGGCGUGCUGUACAAAGACAAGCGGCUGCAUCUCGUCACUGAAUACGUGGCCGGCGGUACUUUACACCAACUGUUGCAGGACACACAAACUCCGCUGAGUUGGUGCGAGCGCGCCCGAUUAGCUCGCGAUAUAGCCGCGGGCGUUCGCUACCUGCACGCGUGCGCCGUCAUUCACCGCGAUCUCAAUUCGCACAACGUUCUCGUUCGCGCCGAUCUGUCGCUCGUGCUCGCCGACUUUGGACUCGCUCGCAUCGUUCAGAGACCCGCUGCGGGUACACUGAGGGCCAGGAAGCGGUAUACGGUGGUUGGCAACCCAUACUGGAUGGCGCCAGAGAUGAUGAACGGCAACUUAUACGACGAGAAAGUGGACGUGUUCUCCUUCGGGAUCAUCCUGUGCGAGAUAAUAGGGCGCAUAUCGGCGGAUCCGGACGUCCUGCCUCGUCGCGCCGACUUCGGCCUCAACGAGGCGGCGUUCGAGGCGGCAUUCUGUCGCGCCUGUCCCCCCGCCCUGCACCGCCUCGCAGCCCUCGCCUGCCUGCUGGAGCCCGAACCAAGACCGUCGUUCGAAGUAAUGGAAGGCUGGCUGCAGCGAAUGGUGAAAGCUCUCAGUUCCGGACACUCCGGGGAUUCUGUGAAGGAGGCCAUAGAGAGAUACCGACGCUGCCAUCUCUGCUACUACACCACUAGCGGUUACUGCUCACAUUCCAAUUCUCCGCUUAUGCAUCUCGUCAAGUCCGCGUCAACAAUAAGCGUGGUGACAUCAUCGGGGCGAGCUUUGGGCAAGUGCGUGUCCGCGGGACAAUUAUGUGUCCGAGUGCGGGCCAACGGGACCAAUCCGGACCGCGCCGCCGGGUAUAUACUGCGGGCACACGGGACCUAUAUCGACAUCACGCAGGUGGACGACAUCGCGCAGUGGUUGGACAGUCCGUCUCCCCUGAAGAGAUGCAGCCAGCUCUCCCCUUGCGCGGGGACGGGGCCAGGGCCCACGGAGGGGGAGAGGGAGGGAGGCAAGGCGAGACGCACCGCUGCCUACUGCCGACACCACAGCGACCCGCAACAUGCACAGUUCACCGAUUCUUCGUCAUCGGACGACGACGAGGUCAGCCCCUGGACCGCUUCCAGUCUACACGUGGACAUGGAAGUUGACCGCCCCAAGAACUUCCUCUCCGACAUCGUUAAGAAAGGGGAGACCUUCCUGGCCAAGAAGUCCAGCUACGACGUCACCGCCGACGUGACUCUCAGAAACCCUGACUUAAACGAGAGAAGGGUCCCCGAAGAAGACUGCAGAAGAUACAAUAUAGACCACUUGACUAAAAGCCCUAUCAUGGCUCAAGGAGUCAAGAACAUACCAAAAACCCUGGAACCUCAGAAGCAACCAGAGAAAACCAACUUCUUCACGAAGAAAUUGCUUUCACCAAAACUGAGCAGGUUAUUCAAACCGAACGAAGCGAGGGAUAAAAGUGAUAUAGAUGAGAAAUCCAGAAGCAAAUUCUUCGUACAAAGCCCAGUAUCGCCCAGCGGACGGACUAGGAAAGUGAGACCGCAGCCCGAUUCAAUGCCAGACGAGCGCAGUGACGUCAUAAAGACUGACUUGAAGUUGGCCAGUAUGGGAAAGCCGAUGACGCCUAUAUUCCGGCGACACCUGCCUUCCGAGCGGCCGGAAUUUGCCGACGGGCGGUUCAGCUAUCGAGAUAAAAAGCCGAAAGUAUAUUAUGAUAUGGGAAGGAACAAAAUCAAAGCACUUGUUGUUGAUAAGGAUAAUAAACUGACUCCCCUUAUCAGAAGUUCCCCUAUAGAAGACAUACCGAGUUUAGCGACGGUGCUGGAGAAGAAGAAGAUGGAGAAGGUGGGGGAAAAGGAGAAGAGACGAGAGGGAAUCUCCCGGAACAACUACGUGAGUUUGGCAAACCUCAAGAUUAGAGGAAAGCCGGAGAGAGUGAACCCAGAAGCGCCUGCUGAGCGCGUUAUUUAAGUUUACUUUCAUCGAGUAUACAUCGGCGGUGGACUGACA